AGUAGGAACCUUCUCCAAGAACUGGUUUUUCAGCCCCAGAAAGUUAGUGCUAUGAUAAAGUAGAAUGAAAAUCAAUUUUAGUUAAGCUCUGAAGAACAUCGUUCACCUAAACGGAUACUUUUAGAGUUUUAGAUUCUUCCCGUCCAGAAAAUGAACCGUUUGUGCGUGGUCAUCGCCGUAGCAAUCUUGGUCCAAGCCUCGUUGAUUUUCAUGUACAUCGCCUAUAGUAGACCACCGAAGGUGCGUACCAACUGGAACUUUAUCUCCUCCCGAAAUCGAACACGUACCGGUUCUCCUCCAAUACCCCAAGAUUACCGAAAACUGCUAAACAUCGAUGGUUUUAACCUCACCACACCUGUACAUCGCCCUUGCGGUGCUUUAAGAUUACUGAUUCUGGUCGUUUCCGCUCCCAAGCACCAAAAUCUACGCCAAACGAUCAGGGAAACGUGGGCAAACGUCACUGACAGCGCUGCUCUCUUUUUCAUGGUCGGUUCCACAGACUAA